UUUUCAGGUCGUUUGCUGAGGUUUAGGCUUUGACAAACUUUAUUUUUAAAAAAAAAAACCUCCACUGUAAUAAUGCUUAGACUCUACUCCAUUCAUUCCCAUUGGUGGUGAUGGCAUUUAGGCUAAUCCAGAUUACCUGUGUUCAGUCAUGCACUUAGUUCAGAUCUAUUCCUGCACCAAAUCAGAUUACAGUGUCAUGUACAGUACAAUGCAUAACAUGAUCAGUACAUUUAAAACAGGUUUACGAUAAAAAGUGUCCUGAAGUGUUAGUAUUGUAAUCACCAUUGUCAAGUCAGGUGUAUUUCUCAUUUGCACAAUAUGUUGAGACAUGUGUGUUGCUUUGAAAUGCUUAUGGCGAGACUCACAAUAAGUGAAUUGCUUACAUGUAACAGAAUAUAAUGUACAGAUCACACACAAGACAAUAAAUAAGUACAAUAUGUUAGUGGGGAACGAGUGAGAGAAAAUUGGUGUGCACAAGACAAGUAUAAAGUGAUUCAGUAGAUAUAGGUGUAAAGUGGCUAUAGUUGACAGUGAGCAUGUAAAUGUGACACUCUGAAUAGGAAUGAACCGGCUUACAGGCUGUUUAGGAACCUGAUCUGUAAAUUUUUUUUAAAAAAUUACACCAUUCUAUGUUUCUCAUUUCCAUCAAAUUAUAGUACUGGAGCUCAUUUCCGCUUGCUUUUCCACGUAAAUCCUUACACCCCUGCUUAUUGUAACACUGUCAGUGUUUAAGAGAUGUACGUAAGUCUAGAGCAAUUACACACUCAUCUUCUGUUAAGCAGAUUCAUAGAUCAGUAGAGUUUGCCCAGGAAGCGCUUUUAAUUUUUAUAGCUGUCUGUACUUUAAUCUUGCCGUUACCUUGACCCACUUGUCUGUCGAGGCUGUGUAUUAAGGAACAGUCGAACUUGCACUGUUUCAUUAAAGUGGCUGGGUAUCUAGUAUAAGACACGUGCUCAGCUCUGGUCUUAUAUGUUCAGAAUUAUAUGUAACUGUGUUAAUGUGUUAAAGGGGAUUAAUUGGGAACACUACAGGGUGUCCCAGAAGCCUCCAUAUGUAAGGGAUAAUGUAAGCCAGCACCCGGUCAGUUGUGCCUUCAUCAGUGGAUGUUCGUGGAGGUCCACUUCUCAGUUUGUCUGCAACACUUCACUUCCAGUCUUUUUGAAUUUGUUAAAAGUUUGGCAACAGUGUCGUGUGUGGUGUGUUUGCCACGUUCCCUGAUAAAGUCCAUCGCAAUCUUGUGACAGCUUCCUUAUCCAGCCAUGAGAAUGAUUUCAAUACGUUCUUCUUUUAUCAAGGGCAUUCUUAAAGGCUAUCUGAAUAAAAAAUAAUAAGAAUAUAAACAAAGUAUGAAAAACUUAUAAUAUCCCAGGUAUUGUAUUAAAUAUUGAUGUAGUUAAGACUCCGAGACUUGGUCAGCUUUUUAUCAAGUAUAUAUUGGUUGAUGGUAGGAGUGACACCCUGUAAUGCUGUCAGUUAAAGGCUCACUGCUGUAUAAUUACCCUGAUUCAGUUCUCACCUCUGUUAUUAGUGCAGACCUGUAAACCUUCAUGCAUUUUGUGUUGGAGCACAGCAUUUUAACAUCAGAGUCUGUGGUACGAGUUAUCACUCAAAUGUUCGUUGAAAGAGCAGUCCUCCCCCAAUAAAGGUGGCAAAUGAGCCAAUCGACAUAUGAAUCUGGAAUGAUUGACAGUUGCGUUGGUGGUUUGAACUCGCUGAUGUUAAUUGACAUACCCUGGAAGCCCCGCCUACUUCACCCUCUUUUACAUUAGUAACCUUUUGGACGGCGCACUCGUCUUGACUCGAUUUUCCUGCUUGAAAGAUGCGGCAGAAAGCAAGGAUGUAGGUUUACAACGAAGUGUCAAAUCUAAGACUUUACAAAUAAUUUUAAUGCUAACGAUAAUUUGAAAGUGAUGAAAAAUGCCAUUUCAUUUGGCAUUUUAAAUGGUUUGAGCAGCAGUAGAUGAACAAAUUGAGCAAAAGUGAAAAUUGUUAGCCAUGUGGAACCACUUCACAGUUUCUAUGAGAGACAUUGGACAAAAGACUAUAUAAAAAUGUACUGUUAUUUUGCUUACUGUUUACUUCAUUUUUACUUUGACCCCAACCCCCAUUUCAAGGCUUGCUCAUUAUUCCUCUUCAGGGGUAGCAGGUCUGUAUUUGUAUGAAAAGGUUAAUACUUCCAGGAAGCGUAUUUCUACUGAGUGCCUUUGGCUCUUAGGGUUCAUCAGUUCGUUAAUUGCACAACAUUUCAUAAGCCACGCAGGACACGAACAUAGCUGAUAGCAGGUCUGUGAAAGUGCUGAUGAAGAAGGAAUCCGUUGUAUAACCCCCAGCUGAACACAAAAUAAAGAUCAUCAAGGUUGGAUAUGAAAAGAGAUCUGUAAGUUCGUGGAUUCCUGCGUCAAGGUUGCUUUCUUCACCCUGGAUGUGAGCAGCAUUGGAGUACUGCCAAUAUACUUUGAGCCUUAUAAGUAAUGGAUCAACGAUACUCAGCUGAUUCUUCAGGGAGGCAAAUUGAAAAUUGUGAAAGCCGGAGAUAAGGACCUGGAUGGCCAGCUGGACUUUGAGGAGUUUGUGCAUUACCUGAGGGACCACGAGAAGAAGCUACGUCUGGUCUUUAAAAGUCUGGACAAGAAGAAUGACGGUCGCAUCGAUUCGCAGGAGAUUAUGCAGUCACUCAGAGACCUGGGGGUCCACAUCUCAGAGCAGCAGGCUGAGAAAAUCCUCAGGAGAAUUAGGAGGGGCCAUGUGUUUGCUCCCAUAAUGUACAUGGACAAGAAUGGAACAAUGACCAUCGACUGGAACGAAUGGAGGGACUACCACCUGCUUCACCCUGCAGACAACAUCCCCGAGAUCAUCCUGUAUUGGAAGCAUUCGACAAUAUUUGAUGUAGGUGAGAGUUUGAUGGUGCCUGAUGAGUUCACGGCAGAGGAGAAGAAGACAGGGAUGUGGUGGCGGCACCUGGUGGCAGGAGGUGGAGCUGGCGCAGUGUCGCGCACCUGCACAGCUCCACUGGAUCGACUCAAAGUUCUCAUGCAGGUGCACUCUUCUCGUAUGAACACCGUGUGCAUCGCUAGUGGUUUCUCUCAGAUGAUCCGCGAAGGUGGUGUGCGAUCAUUGUGGCGAGGAAAUGGCAUCAACGUCCUAAAGAUUGCACCUGAAUCCGCCAUCAAGUUCAUGGCCUAUGAGCAGAUAAAGCGGCUGAUUGGCAGCAAUCAGGAGACGCUGGGAAUUCUGGAGAGGCUGGUCGCAGGAUCUCUGGCUGGUGCCAUUGCGCAGAGCAGCAUCUACCCAAUGGAGGUUCUGAAGACUCGACUAGCCCUAGGAAAGACGGGUCAGUACUCCGGUAUCGCGGACUGUGCCAAACGCAUAUUUCAGAAAGAGGGCUUAGCAGCAUUUUACAAGGGCUACAUCCCCAACAUGCUCGGCAUUAUUCCCUACGCUGGAAUAGACCUGGCUGUCUAUGAGACUCUGAAGAACUCAUGGCUACAGACGUAUGCAACAGACAGCGCAGAUCCUGGCGUGUUUGUCCUGCUAGCCUGCGGCACCAUGUCCAGCACUUGCGGCCAGUUAGCCAGUUAUCCUUUAGCCCUGGUUAGGACGCGCAUGCAGGCUCAAGCAGCUACAUUGGAUGGAGCUCCUCAGAUGACCAUGAGCAGCCUGUUCAGACACAUUCUGCGGACGGAAGGCGCGAUGGGGCUCUACCGAGGCCUGGCACCCAACUUCAUGAAGGUCAUCCCAGCAGUCAGCAUCAGCUACGUAGUGUACGAGAAUCUAAAAGUCACACUGGGUGUCCAGUCCCGGUGAGAGACUGGCAGAUCUUUCUCCUUUUGAAUUUCUGUUGGGAUGCGAAAUGGACCUGGCGCUGACGAGAGAAAGGGACAGGCAAUCUUGGGUGGCGAGACCUGAGGUUUGAGUAGAUGUUCUCAUUCUGUGAAUGCCAGAGGGGCCAAGGAGGGGAGGAACAAAGAACACUAAGAGCAAACACUAAGAACCCAAACCAGAAGGUGGCCAUGUUAUUACACCUAGGAAUCCUACAUCUACUCUUCCUAGAAUUCCCAAACUGUAAUAGCCUGUUUCACUAGGGACCAAGAAGGUGCACCACUGUUUGUGGUGUCUUAAGGAGACUAAAGGAGUCUUUAGCUGCUCAUGCGUGCUCUUUUAAUCCAGUAGGUGGCAGUGUUGAAUAGCCAAGGGCUUAAGACCAGCACACCAAAUCCUACCCUCCAUUUCAUAUAUUUAAGCACUACAUUCGUCAUCAUUGUUGUCUUACUUAAUUUAUUAAGAUAGUUUAGGUGUUAUCCCAUGCAGAACCACCAGUUUCCUUCUAAAACAAACAGCAAUCUAUGUAGCUGAUAUAUAAAUAUAUAAAAAGACUUUAAUUUGAAGAAUUUUUAUUCCAAAGCCCAUGAAGUCUUUUUUUUCAUGUGUUACUGUUAUACAUGCUGUAAACAUCUAUUUAUUUACUUUUAAGAAAGAAGUUAAGAAAGAACAUGUAGGCAGCGAAUCACACACUUGGUAAUUGGCUUAUCAAUUACUAAUGACGUUCACCAAUCUGGAUGAAGAACUGGUUUAGGUUAAGAAAAGUCUCAGUGAUGCUUUUAAUGUAAAUGCUGUAUUUCCUGUAUAGGGGUGGAAUAUAGUGUAAAAAUCCAUUCACCCCCUAACGGGAAUCAACUCACUUCAAUUUCAAAUCAAUCAAUUCAGAAUCAAGUUGCUGUUUUGCACCUUAUGUGAAGCCUUGCCUUUACAAUUCAUUUUCACACAGUGUUAGUGCACAAGCAUGUCUUGUAUUCUUAUUGCCUUUUGUGAACAGAAAUGACAUCGAUUAGGAAAACCUCAGGAACUUUAGCGUUACCUAGGGAUGCACACUUGAAUCUUUAGACUGAAUGAUGCUAGAAUGAGAACACAAAAUUGUUUUUUUUUUUUUUUUUCGUUUUUUUUUUUUUUUUUUUUUUUUUUUUAAAUCCUGUUUUCAGGUUGUAAGAGGGCAGAAAGGGAAGUGCAUUGUAGAAAAAAAAAUGGACUAAUGCUCUGCUGCAUGGUUGACAAACUCUGCUCCAUUGGAGGGCUUCCGGGGCCUCACUUCUAUUUUAUGUUCUCUGUGCUCCAAGAUGUGAUUACACAUCCAUUAAUAUGGAUGUUAGACAAGGAUGUGGCCCUUCAGGAUGUGUGUUAGACAACAUUGCUUGAGUAUGACACAGUGACUCCAGAAGAGCUUGUAUUUUUCACCUGUCACAGAGACUAAGAAAAAAAAUGAGCCUUUAAAAAAAAAAUGCCUAUAGAUUAAUAUGCAUACAUGUGUACUUGUUAGUGUUAAUCUGCGUCCAGACAGAUAUCAAAUUUAAAACUAGCUCACGUGUCCCAGUAUCUCAUGUAAGAGAUCACAGCUUCCUAAACUAAUUGCAGUCUUAAUGAAAGAUAAAUCACCAUAGACGAAGGUUACUAUAAACAUUUACAGGCUAUGUACAUGUAUAUGUUCACAUAGUCUUCUAUGUUUGCUUUGUGUGCUGCUAACAGACUGUCAAUUCGUCGACUAAAGGAAGGCGGUUAAUAAAGUUAAUGUAGUGAUUCUAAAGGGAGCUUUAACAGAUUUGCGCGUUUUCAGUAUAAUGUCAGCUGAAUUUAAAGUGGCUUCUAAUUGGCAUGCAGGUUUAAUGGAGGAUAUAAGGUGUAGAAGGCAUUAGCUUGUGUUGAACUCCAUACCAGGUUCAGUCUAAGCUAUAAUUUCUAACACUAGACCAAUCAGUGUCUGUCUUAACUUUUUAAAAUUGCACAGCAAAACUAGUUGCAGAUUCACGCAAAAAAAAAAAAAAAAAGAAAAAUAUUUGGAUUCUGCACCUAUCUUUGUAAAUGGACUGAGCUGGAGCAGUAUUUUUCCCCUUUAACUUCGUCCUAUUGUUUUUAUGCAUGUAUGUGUGGUAAAGAAAUGUGUUCAACUGAUAAAGCAGAAUACUGAACAGGGCUUUACUAACAGCUUUGCCCCAUAGUGGAUGCCUCUGCUUCCCCUGUUGCAUUUUGCACUUUUCCCCGCCCUUGAGGCAACCUGUAUGCUAGAAGUGAUUGCUUGAUUGACAGAUCACGAGUGUUCAUAUGGCAAAGAUUGAUGGUGUACUUCUUCAAUAUUACCCAAGAUUCAAAUGUACAAGAAGAAGCCGCACCAUCAACACACUGCCUGAUGUGUAUGCUAUGUAGCGCCUUACUUUCAGCAGCCACCGUCUGGUAGCCUUUAUUGUAUGUACUGCUUUUGCAAACUGGAAAAUAUGCUAGAAUGCUGCUGUAAAUCCAGGCGGUGUCUGAGAAUGCAUUUAGCCGACUGGAUAAGAUCAUUUGUUUUACUGCUGUGAGACGCAGUGCACCACUGGUAUAUGACUGUGGUCCUGAUUACAAAUGAAAUGAUUAGGCUAGAUGAGUUUGCUGUUUACAUGUCAAGAAAAACAUUAGUUAAGUAUCUGAUAGGAAGUGGGGUAUGUCUUAUUUCGAUGUCUAAGCUUGUCAUCGGAAAUGCACAUAGAUGCAAUUCUACUGCAAGACUGUAUGUUAAUAUCUGGACCCCAAGGCUAAAAUGACCCUGAGCUGAAAUGUAAUAAUCAGUGCAAAUGUGUACUGGACUGUGUGUUGUCUCUGACAGAAUGCCUAAAGUGAAUGAAUGUAGAAUAAGUAUAUUUAUGUUUAUAUGAGAACAAAGUUCAAUAAAGAUAUUCUUAUUUCAA